ACAGUAGGAGCAGUGUCUACUGAGCAUGCGUGUCGGUAGAGAUAGGGAUAAUCAUAAUAGUAGUCGGGAGAGUAUCCGGUUUCGGAAUAACUUAAACUUAAAAUCGGAUAAACGAAUAUCGAAGUUGUUACACUAGGAACUGGAUAGGUGACAUGAUGACCAUUUCCAUGUACUAUCUAGACUUUCAUUUUUUUAAUCUAGGGCAGUAACUGUUCCUUUUGUGUGAGGGGGAGAAGGGACCAUAUCAAGAUACCGAAUGCAGCUCCCUUAAAGAUAAGUGUUGAAUUUUUUUAGCGGAAACGUAAGGCUUGAUCCCACCUUACAGAAAAAUAACAUUAUUAUAAAGUAAACAUAAAAGGGUAAUAUGAUGGAGCAUAACGUAGGUGGUUGAUGCCUUAGAUUAUCUCACUGCAGAGAGUCCCGGGGUAUUCGUGCUCUUUCUAGGGGUGCUGGGACUCAUCACUAUCUGUCCCCACCCCACAGAUAUUUGUGAUUGGAUCUUACAAGAAAGAAUCUAAAAACUUACCUAUACAACCUCUAGUACCAAUAUCUGCCAGGGGUGAGGGCAUAGUUCAGAAAAGAAGAAAUUAAGACUGGCACCCCUGAGGCUGUACUAAAUAUGGACGAGGAGGCAAAUUUUACUUAAUGGAAACCCCAAAAGGGGCAGCUUACAGCAAAAGACUCUGCAGUUGACAGUUAAUUUACCAUUUCUGAGCCACUUGAUUUUACAAAGGUGACAAAAUACAGUACAGAUACCAUGGCUGGUGCUAUCGCCUCCAGGAUGAGCUUCACCUCUUUGAAAAGAAAACAGCCUAAAACCUUCACUGUCAGAAUCAUAACAAUGGAUGCGGAGAUGGAGUUUAAUUGUGAGGUGAAAUGGAAAGGGAAGGAUCUGUUUGACCUGGUGUGUCGUACUCUGGGAUUGCGUGAGACCUGGUUCUUUGGUCUUCAAUACACUGUGAAGGACAGCGUAGCAUGGCUGAAAAUGGAUAAAAAGGUGCUUGAUCAUGAUGUUCCUAAAGAUGAGCCAGUCACGUUUCAUUUUUUAGCCAAAUUUUACCCAGAGAAUGUUGAGGAGGAACUUGUGCAGGACAUUACACAGCAUCUCUUCUUUCUGCAGGUAAAGAAGCAGAUACUAGAUGAAAAAAUCUAUUGUCCCCCAGAAGCCUCAGUGUUGUUGGCUUCGUAUGCUGUGCAAGCGAAGUAUGGUGAUUAUGACCCGUCUGUGCACAAACGUGGAUUCCUGGCUGAGGAGGAGCUGCUACCAAAGAGGGUUAUAAAUCUGUAUCAGAUGACUCCCGAGAUGUGGGAAGAGAGAAUCACAGCAUGGUAUGCAGAACAUCGAGGGAGAAUGAGAGAUGAGGCUGAGAUGGAAUAUCUUAAAAUUGCUCAAGACACCGAAAUGUAUGGGGUUAAUUAUUUCCUUAUCCGGAACAAGAAAGGCACAGAGCUGCUGCUGGGGGUGGACGCUUUAGGGCUUCAUAUCUACGACCCUGAAAACAAACUGACCCCUAAAACCUCCUUCCCUUGGAAUGAGAUCCGGAACAUUUCCUACAGUGACAAGGAGUUUACAAUUAAACCUCUGGAUAAGAAGAUUGAUGUGUUCAAGUUUAAUUCCUCCAAGUUGCGUGUUAAUAAGUUGAUCCUGCAGCUGUGCAUUGGGAACCAUGACUUGUUCAUGCGCAGGAGGAAAGCAGACUCUCUGGAGGUGCAACAGAUGAAAGCUCAGGCCCGAGAAGAAAAAGCCAGGAAGCAGAUGGAGCGGCAGAGGCUUGCGAGGGAAAAGCAAAUGAGAGAGGAAGCCGAAAGGAAAAGGGAUGAGCUGGAGAGGCGACUAUUGCAGCUAAAAGAUGAGGCACAAAUGGCUAAUGACGCUUUGAUGCGAUCAGAAGAGACAGCUGACUUGCUAGCAGAAAAGGCUCAAAUCACAGAAGAGGAGGCCAAGCUGCUAGCCCAGAAGGCAGCAGAGGCUGAACAAGAGAUGCAGAGGAUCAAAGCCACAGCCAUCCGUGGUGAGGAGGAAAAGAGGCUAAUGGAGCAAAAGGUCCUGGAAACAGAAAUGCUAGCUCUAAAGAUGGCUGAGGAAUCUGAACGAAGAGCAAAGGAAGCCGAGCAACUAAAACAGGACUUGCAAGAGGCCCGGGAAUCAGAGCGCAGAGCAAAGCAAAAACUUCUGGAGAUCACCAGCAAAACCGCAUACACGCAAGUAUCAGCGACCAACAGCUCUGCGACUCCUGCGGAUGUGCCAAGUUUCAGCAUGCUUACUGAAAGCAUGUCAUAUGACUUUAAAGAUACCGACAUGAAACGCCUGUCCAUGGAAAUAGAAAAGGAGAAGGUAGAGUACAUGGAGAAGAGCCGACACCUUCAGGAGCAACUGAAUGAGCUCAAAACAGAGAUUGAGUCCCUAAAACUGAAGGAGCGGGAAAGUGCUAUGGAUAUCAUGCAUGAGAAUGCUGGCAGCAAGCAGAACACCAUCAAAAAGGGGAGGAGAGCUGUCUGCAUCUGAGCGUGACGCAUAGUGUGUGCCAGCUCACACUGCAGAGCACACAGUGCAGGGUGGCUUUCUUUGAAGAACUAUAAAAUGUAAUCAGCGCUGCCCGGAUGGCCAUAAUAUUACCAGGAUUACAAUUAUGUAAUGGACUGAAUUCUGUGACCCCAGAGCAUCUUGAAGUGAUGUGACUUUAAACGUUUCAUUGCAAUUAUGGAAACGGAAGUUUACAAUUUAUUUCAACUGCCUUUUUUAUUUUAAUUCAAGUCUGCUUUAUGUUUCUUUGAUUGCCUCUCUGACCUCUGCAAGGGUUAAUAUCGAAUAUGAUCAUGACUUGCACGAUUGGUUGUGUGUGUGUGUGCGCUUUAAAUAACAAAACACAGUUUGCAGGAGGAGCACUACAGUAAAUUUGCAAAUAUUAUUCAGCUAUGACAAAUGUGUCCCAUUUAUGCCAGAAAGAAGACAACCAUAAAAAAAAAAACUUUUGUUAUUGAGCUCACACUAAUUAUUGCAGCCCCACUGCUUUUGCCUUAAUUUGUUUCUACAAACCUCGCAUGCCAUUUUGACAUUACCGAUUUUCUUUUAAAUCUGACACUACAAGAAAAGAAAAAGGAGCAAAAACAGGCCGUUUGGAAUGAAAUCUGCAAUGAAAUCUCACUGACCUAAUUUAGUUUGCUCUGAUGGAUUUUAAAAAUAAAGCUGCAGUAUUUUUAUAUGUAUAUUUUAUAUAUUAUAUAUCCUGUGUCUCCCUCUUCAUUGCAGUCGUACCUUUGUUAGACUGAUGGAGAAGUCUCAAUAUUCUGUCUUGUUUUAAAAAAAAAAAAAAAGUUAAAUAGCUGGUUUAUAUUAAAAAUUAACUGGCAAA